UAGAGCUUUGAUCGUGUACGGACUGUGUGCCGCGCCCGUACGUGUUACGUACGUCCCGAACGCUCCCCGGUCGAGCAGGAGGAAAACCGUCUCUCGUCUCUCUGCUUUUGUGGGAAGGAUUUUUUUUUGUUGGUCUACUCGUUCGUGUGUGUGAAUAAUAAAUACACGCAGGAAUUAAGAAAAGCGGUUCUCGCGCGGUAAUUGCUACCCAAUUGAGGUGAAAGCACGCACGAAGGCACUCGCGCGACGGUCGUGAAAUCGUGAAUCGUAGUCGCAGCCGCAGCAGCCGCGCCGUGACAGGAAGUGAAUAUUGCGAAUGGGUGUGUGUGUGCGACACAUACACACACGCACACACAUGCACACUGGGUGGUGUACACACACGGCAGGAAGUGAGUGAUAAGUUGCGGUGGGUCCGUCCGGUAAUUCGUGAAUAAUUCGCGUGCGUGCGUGAGAUGUGACAGUCAUUUGUCACGGGCCCGUGACACGCGCAAAAGUUAAGGUGAAACGCACACGCACAGAGGUGGGCAGCACGCGUGUGAAUGAACGAGUGAGUGAGAGAGAGGAGCAGCAGCAGCAAGAAGAGAGUGAGUGAGAGUGAGGGGGAGAGAAAAUCUCAGCGACGACGCGGCACAGUACGCGCGUCGCGCCUCAACACAUACUGGUGCAGUGCCAACACAGCCGACACAGACACAACAUCGCGCGCAGCACAAAAAUCGCCUCAGAAAAACAACAUCGGCGACGAGACCGUCGUGGCCCCGUCGUCAGCAGCAGCAGCAUGAAAAGUCGAGCUCCGCGCGACAAACGCCCCAAGCGUGGAGAAAAGGCCCUUUUCAAAAGUGAUUUAUUUCUGUUCAUAUUUUUUUCUGGCGACCGAAAAAGAGCAUGAAGGAAAAGUAACAACCCAAAAGGGGGAAAAUACGAAGAAAUAUACCUAAAAUUGUAGUUAAAAAUAAUAAAGUUUGUAUAUUUAUAUACACACACGAAGAAGCAAGAAAAAAAUAAGAGGAAAAAAAGUUCGAAACACCAGAAAGAAGCAAAGAAAAAAAAAAGAUUUUUCUUCAGUGCGAUCCCCCGUUUCGCGAAUGAUUUCAUGAAUGAAACACACAGCAUCCCGAGCGCGCACACACACACGCGACACAAGCGAAGGAAACAACACAAAUUGAAAAGGUGAAAAGAAAAAGUGCGCAAAGCAAAGUCAGUGCAAGUGCGAAAAGUACGAAAAGUUCAACAGUAGCAAAGCAAAAGUGUUGAAAGUGUGUUUAAACAAGGCGAAAUCAAGCCAGCUGAGAAAGAAAUCUAAAAGUGUGUGCAGAUAAGUCGAAAUCUGAGGAAAUCGCCACAUCCCAGCAAAGUGAAGCAAAUAACACGAAAUUAGUGCUAGAAGGAAAUAAAAGCAAAGAAGCAAAAAGUGCACAAAAAGAGUCAAGCAAAAAGAUAAGUUGAAAAAAAAAUCAAGUGAAGUGAAGUUCCACGCGUACCGGGCCCAGUUCCGGCCGACCAUGUAUCUAGUGUUUCCGGCACACAAAACUUGGAUUAACAUUGGAGGUAGCAGAGCAUCGACGACAACGAGGACGACCACGACAACAGCAACAACCGGCUACAGCAGCAACAACGACCGGCAGAACCAGCGACGACCGGAAGUGAGAAGCGCCGGAUUACGGAUUACGGAUGUGAAUCGGAACCCGGUUUAAUUGCUUAUUGAUUAUAAGGCGAUUAAAACAACGAUGACGGAUCUUGGUGGACCCCGGCUGAAGCAGACGCAGACGCAGCGAAGACGCUAGCCGCAUCGAGAGAGCUACAUGGAUCGCAGAAAUGGCGGCGAUCCUUUGGCGCCUCCUCGGCCCCCCAAGUCUCUGCCCCGUGUUCAUCGUCCCCGGGCUCCCGAGCCGGCCAUAAUGAGCUCCGCCGCCGAUACGACCUCGACCGCGAACCGAAGUCUCAGCAACGUACCGCCGCAACUGUCACCAAAACCUAGGAAUCUAAGCUCUUCCAGUAGUAGUACGACGACAACGACGACGCCGGCUGCGCCCCGAAGCAGCAGCAAUAUCAGUUCAUCAAUUCCACCGCCGUUGCCCCCGCAGAUUGUGCCGCUGACGCCGCUGCACACCCGAAGCCAACACCACCACCACCAGCAGCACCUUCUUCCUAGUAGUCAUAACAAUAGCAGUAGUCAUAGUCUAGUACAGCCAGCAAGUACCUUCUCGCGACGACGUCCACCGGCAGCGCUACCGUCGCUCUCCGUCGCGGUGAGCAGUAGUAACAGCAACAUUUUGGGUCCUCCGAGCUUGGAGACGAGCCUGCCGCCCGCCGCCACAUCCCCGGUCACGCUGGCUGCGCCGCGACCCGAGAACGAAAGGCUUACGAACGAGUAUGUCGACACGCCGUUCAGCAACAGCCGGCUAUCGCCACCGUCAUCGAACCGGGUGCCGCGAUCCGCGGCGACCCCCGGGUCGGCGGUGGCAGCGCCACAAGGUGAAGAUCCAACGAGUCGACAGCUAUCAUCAGUAUCGCCGCAUUCACCUAGCAGUAACAGUAGUAGUACAACGGGCAAGCCAAUCGGAUCGACGGCGAUGCCGACGACGCUGCACGGCAGCGGUAGGAACUUUAACAAUAAUACGAUCAACACUAGGCCAAAUCAAUUACCGCUGGGACAGCAGCACAGGACGGUGGGGGCGGCGGCGGUGGCGGCUGCGACGCCGUUGUCCGCGGGUGGCUCACCCACGAUACAGUCAGCAACAUUGCCAAUUACCAAACAACCAGUAUCGAACCAUACCUUUAGCAAAGAUGCGGCGGCGACGGCGACAGGCCUGCACGAGCUGGACUGCAUCGAGCUGCACCCGUCGACGAACGGUGAUCUACUUAACUCCAUCACCUGUCCGCACUGUAAAAAGUGUCGCUGCGAGGAGUGCCAGCGGUCGCGGCAGCUGCCCUCGCGGUGGCUCUGCGACAACAGCUGUCUGUGCAGCGCGGAGACCAUCAUCGACUACGCGUCCUGUCUGUGCGUCGUCAAGGCCCUGUACUACCACUGCUCGAAGGACCACGAGAUGGAGCGCGAAAGCGACACGAUAUCCUGCGCCGAAGAUCCCUGCUCGUGUCUGCCGCACAAGCGAACGACGCGGUGGGGCCUGCUGGGCGCGCUGUCCCUCGGUCUGCCCUGCCUCUGGUGCUACUGGCCCAUGCGGGGCUGUGUGGCCGUCUGUGCGAAAUGCUACGCUAAACAUUCCCGACACGGUUGCCGCUGCCAGCUGCAGAACGGAGCCGGCAGUCUCGCCGGAAGCAUCCUCGGCGGCGGAGGCCCCGGCCAAAGUGCCAACGGCACGACCGGACCGGACCACGCCAAGUUCUCCGCCGUCACCGGCACCAGCCCCGUCUUUGGCAUCAAGGCGAAACACCACCACCACAGCAGUCACCACCACCACCACCACCAUCAUAGCGAUCUUACGCCCGAGAAGCGGCUGCUCGACUCCAGCCCAGAGUACUGAUAUAUGCUGUAUCUGUGAGCGGGCGGACCCAACAAAAAAUAGCCGCCCGCUGGCAGACGUCAUCGUGCAACGGUAAACAAUAGGAGCGGAGGAGGAGGAGUGCGUCGUGUGCGUGUCGUAGGGUCUAACAACAACAACAAUAAUCAUAAACUCGGCGCGGGUAACACAAACACACACACACGUGGGAUUCGAUAGAAAUGAGAUCGGCGAGAUCGAAUUGGAACGGGGAGGGGAGAACUGUUUUAAUUAUAAUUUAACCAAAGACUGCAGACUAUUAUUGAGUUAUGUUUUUUUGAUAUAAAUAAUAAUUAUUUUUUCGUAUGAAAACAAACGCAAAAAGAGGAAAAGAGGGAGGAAACGGAGGAUUAACCAAUAUCGCGACAAGUCGACUAUUCUAUUGCUAUUUCUAUCAAUCUACCACACACACACACACGUGCACACGCACGCACACUGUUAGGUUAUGUUGUGUUUGUUUGGGCAAUUUGAAGGGGGGGAUCACCGUCAGAGAGACGCUUGACAGCUGUCAAACCUAGUGCGGAUCUACCCCUUCAGGUUGUCAAACGAACACAACAUUGGGCUUCACGCACUUGCAGAAGUCUCUGUCUUAUCGCGAAACGCGAGAACGAAUCGCACGCGAAAAGUACAGAACCGCGAUUCUGACGGAGAGCAAGGUUCUGCAAGUGCGUGAACCAUUUCGAGCAGAUUGCGCCGCCAAGACGGAGAAAACCGGAAACGCUAAUUUAUUCUAACUGUUCAAACGAUAAGUGGGGUGGGUGGGGAGGAGGUGCGGGGAAUCUCUCAAUUUUCCAGAGAGAUUCGAGUAUAUUUUAACGAGAGAGAGAGAGCGAGUGUAAAACGAUUUGAGCGCGCGCGUAGUCGAAAGAAAAGUGUUAGGGACAAACUUAGUUAGGAUGUUUUUUUUUUUUCAAGAGUUGCGCGCGAACGAACGAGAGUAAUUUAUUUGCCUGUGCGCCCGCGAGGGAGGAGGUGUUGGGCAGGUGGAACGACUGUUUGUGCUCGAUAUUUUAAAAAUAUCGAUCCGCGAAGCAAAUGGGGCAAAACGAGACAUUCUGUUGGGGUCGAGGGUCGCGAGAGUAGGUAGGUGAUUAAGGUAAAACAAUUAGGACAAACAAAUGAAGAAAUCGAGGUGGUAUGACCGAGGAAAACCCUGUAAAUAUCUAUACAUAUUUAUCCAAAUGACUAAUUUAAUGUAGACAACCCCCCUACAUCAGGCAAACCGAGAAAAGGGAGAAACUAUUUUUCUUAACAAAACAACAAAAAAUAUGUGUAUGCAAUUGUACGCGAGAUGUAUAUAAACCACACAAACACACAGGAAGUAGGAGAAGCUGAAAAAUGAAGGGAAAAAUCAUAAGCAUAUUUAUAUUUAAAAAUACACACACACACGAAGGAACCACUGAAAAAUGUGUAAUAUAUAUUUUUUUUGUUCGACGGGGAGCACAUUCAACUGUGGGCUCCACGUGUCUCGGCGAGUGAGUGAAAAGAUGCACGAAUGUGAAUGUGAGCGAGCGAGCGAGCAAGCGUAUGUGUGCUUUGUGUAAAUAUUUAUCGCGCGCGCAGGAAGGAAAGGAAAAGAAAACGCAAGAAAGAAAACAAAUCAGCAUUAUCCGGUACGAGCUGUAUGGAUUGCUUUAUUUUCUCGAGAAAAUCAUGGAGCAAAACGUGGAAAUCUAAAACUGAGAGACUGGAUCAAAUGUUGGGAUUUUCCAAAAUUGCUGGAAGGUAGCUUGCGGUCGGUGAAACGUUGACAGAAUAACUUUGGGAAGAUGGCAACUCGAUUCGACGUCACAGCACAAUGUUAGAAGCGGUUCUUUUGAGGGGCACUCAUUUCUCGUGGUCAAUUGGCAAUUUGAGUAUCGCAUUUUUAGCAACAUACGAUCUAAAUCAAGCCAGACUGAAAACAUAGUGAAAGGCUCGUUUGACCCCGGAAAAAAUGUCCCAAAUUUCAAAGAAGUGUUCCUUACUUUGUCAAAUCAAGUUGCAAUCUUCGACAAAGUUACAUAGAUCUUCAACAAACCAAGGCGCCUUCCAUCGAUCAGGAAACGCCCAACUUUGGCCGCAAUCGUUGCAGCGAACUCCGCGAGAGGGGCAGGGUCCCAAGUUCGGGGGGGCUGCCGAAUCAACUUCUCGUAACGCACGUAUCAAUUCUGCUCACGGCAUGCAAAAUAUGUGCAGAAAUCAUCACGUUUCCAAUCAGCCGCCACCCCGAGUGUGAAUGUACUUUUAGCAGCCGCCACACAACUCACAAGUAAAUAUAGCCCGAAGAAGAAGAAGAAGCGAAAAAAAAUCAGUUCAUUGUUAUUUAAAUUGAUAAAAGCGCUGAUUAAAGUGGUGCAUUCACCAGCAAAGUCGGGCGAAGGCGACGACCAUAAUUGAAUCGAUUGUGAUGUGGCCACCGCCACUUCCAGCAUGUGGCCCCGCGCGAUUUAUGCUGCCCUUGCGAAACUGGAUCCGCCGGAUCGAUCCACACGAGGUUUUUGCGCCUUCUUCUUCAUCUCUUGUUUUGCUAAGGCGCGAAUAGUGCGCGAGAGUGUCUACGCGCGCGGUCGUCUGCGAAUUUUAUUUAUUUUCGAAAGUGAUAACCUAUAUGGACAGCACCCGGGAACACAAAUAACACAGAUAGGGGCGAGUUCGAUUGGUCGUCGUCGUUGUAAGGCGCCCUGCGCGGCCCUGCACGUCAACCGUUUGAGGCGGGAGCAGUUGUAAUUCAAGCUUCUUCUACGGGCAAUUGCGCUGACGAGGGCGGAAAAUAGGCUAGAUGCGCUGCUAUUUUGGAUGAUAGAAUCGUUUUGAUUGGGGUUGAGGGUGGAUAUUGUCGCAGAAGGCGCUUUUUUCAAAGGCGAACAAUUUUAGUUGGCGCUUAAAGAUUAUCAAGGCGCCUUCAGUGUUUCAACACUGAUUCCAAAAUUCGUUAACAGUUUUGGUUUGAAUGCAGGAUUCUAGGUAGGUUAGAUUCUGAACUUCGCCUAUUUGAUAAAGGCGCCUUAAAGUUUUUAGAGGCCUAAACCAUAGACUAAUUUUGACAUUCGCGUACCAUGUUUCAAGAUUAUGCCGUUGACGUAGAUAUUGAUAUCGACGUUGAAGAUUUAACUUUUCGUGGCAAAGGCGUCUGCUUAGAAUUCGCCUUUUAGCGUUGAGACCGAUGAAUCAAAAAUUACACCAAAAACCUGUGCUGAAGGUGGAAUCACUCCGGGACCGCCACAAGCUGUUGCCGUCGCUUCCAGGAAGCUCAACAAAGAUCCUCCUGAUGGUGUAACUUGCGUUGAUCCUUUUUGGUACUCCUCGGAUCGACCUUUCAAGCCUUGUUUCUUCUUCUGUGUGUGUGCCCUGCUGUUGGGAAGGGAAGAAGAAGCGACCAUCUGUUCAGCUGCUGCAUUCCCCGAACAAUGCCAACCCCGAAACCGGGAUAUGUUGGAUUAUGUUCCUCCCCACACACACACACACAGAAACCUACGUUCUCCAAGGGUUUUUGAAAGGGAAAUUGUGUUUUCCUCUUUUCUUUAUUGGAAUUUGAUACCUUGGUUCGUCGGGACGGCAUCCUGAGCCAAGGCCGUGACGUAAUUCAGGGCCUGUCCCGCGCACGCAAUCUUCUAGUUUCUAGAACUGUCAGAGAUGUACGCGCGCGCACACACUGGCUGGAGAACGACGACCCGAAGGAAAUCUCAACUCAAGUAGAACAUUUAUCGUUGGAGAUUUCCUCCUUCGAAACGCACAGCCAGCAGCAGCACCAGGAGGGGUUUUUGAAAACAGGAAACGACUGCCAUUUUCAUUCAUCAAAUUUCACUCGUGGGCGAACGCGCGGCGGCGACGGCGGCCAAAACUCGUCGCGAGCGUGAGACUAUUUGGCCAUGCGCGCAGGUGCCAACCAAUAUCGAUGGUUGCGCAGCCGCCGGAACGUUUUGCGUCGUACUUGCCGGCGUAACCCUUGGUGUAGUGAAGUUGCAUGAAUGCAAGGAGUUUUUGCUGAGUUUUACAGAAAUUUAGCAAAAUGAACAUUUAUUGCUGAGUUUAGCUGAAAUUUUGCUUUAUUUUGUGUUGUUGAUUUGAAAUUUCGUCAAUUUAAAUCAAAUUAACAAUGUUGGCUUAGUGUGCUGAAGUUCAGCAAACCUUGCUGUUUCUUAUAAAUUUUGCCAAUUUUGUCAAAAAAAAACUGCGCAAUGAAACAAACGAACCUUGAUCGCCAAGGGUGCAUCUCAAGUCGCGCUGUUUUUCAAAACCGCCGAAUGAGAAUUUCGUUCGUUCAUGCCCGCAUCCGCUCACUGCUCACAGCAUCCACCAACCGAUCCGAAAUGGACCACUCUGGUGUGCUGCUGAUGUAUGCGUGUGUGUGUGUCGAGAUGUUUUUUUCGUUAUUCCGCUCGUCUUUUUUUUAUAAAUAAAAUUCAUUCAUAAACUUCUAUUUAAGUUUGAUGAAAAUAAAGCGGAUGUUGUAAUUUUUCGUGCUAAAUUUAAAUUCGAGAAAAAAAGCGCUUGUGUCAUCGUGAGUCGUGCGAUGGACGGGGAAAACGAGAACGAAAAAUUCUCAACAAGAUUCGACUCUGCCACCCCGAACGUUCCCAACCGAACCUGCGGAAUCGCUGCAACGAGCAAAAAUAAACAACCUAAACACUAGUAAAAGCGAAAAUGCAGUACCUAAAAACAAGAUGAAAUCCUUAAAAGAAAUUGAUACACCAGAAUUUUUAAGUAGCGAAAUAUCUUUUGGACAAUUGGAUAAAAUCUAUAUAUUUUGUAUAUCAUCAAAAGUUACUAAAAGUUUAAUGAAGAAGAAAAAACUAAGACAGAAUAGGGAAACAUCCGAUUAAUUGCCUUAAUGAAAUAUAUUUGCUAGGGAGAAAACUAAAAACUAAAAAAAAACAUAAAUUAAAACCCCGAAACUUAUGACGUUUUGUACGCUCGUCCAUGUGGAUUAAGAAAAGUUAAGAUUUUCCUCGCAUUUUUUCUCUUCUUUUCCUUGUUUUUUUUCUCAAAAAGAACGUUGCGCAAGAUUGUAUUUUUUUUUCUUUAUUUAGGAACAAAAACAAAACCGUAUAGACGAAGUUACGAGAAAGUAAGCUGAAGCAAAAAAGGAAGUAAAACUGAAAUGAUUUCGUGUAGGAUUUAAUUUCCAGUAUUAUCUAGUCGUGCAUUAUAAAGUAGCAGGAAAAUAAAAUAAAACUGAAAGAGAUGAAUGAAGCGUUCUUUUAAGGUGAUGAAAACCGAAGUAUAUAAUAUUCAAACAAAAAAGCAAGUAACUUGAAGAAGAAAAAACAAAAAUAACACAAAACCCAGCACAGGAAGAAACCAACUUAAUUGAUGCGAAGUGGAAAAUAAAAUAAAACUAGUGUGUUUACCCUCCCCCACGGCAGGUUAAAUCUGCAACUCUUUCGGUUUGAUUUUCGAGGAAGAAACGUUGUUUUGACUAAAUUUACGAAGAGAAAUCUAGAGAGAAAAUAAAAUUCUAAAUUACACCGUUAGGCAAAAUGAAGCUAAUCUUUACAGCAACACGCAAAACAAACAAAAAAAAUGUCCAAAAUCUCGAUGUCCGACAGCAAAAGAAAGCACAUAUAGAAUCUUAUCAGCAUUAAUACAACAUAUGAAAUAAAAGUUAAAGAAAAAAACUAAUUAAAGAGAAACAAAACAUGCGCUAUAUGAUAUAUAAUAAAAAUGGAAUCAUUACAUUGUCAACUGUACCUAAGCUGUUAUUUUUUUAAUAAAUGGUUGAAAUAAAACAAACAAACAUGGACGAUGUCAAAUAUAUUCGAAUUCCUAACACAAAAGCCUCUAAUACACGUCUCGUCAGUCAAAUCAAAACAAAAGCUGUAUAACUGUUGAACAUUAAACAAUGGAGAAAUAAUAAUAAUUAAACAAAAAUGCAAUACUCCCAUACUCCUCGGUUUUGAGCACUAUUUUCAUUCUUCUGUUAAAAAAAACAAACCCACACAUGCAUACAGAAUAUACCCGCAAAAAAAAAACAACAAUGUCAAUGUAAUCAGUUAACCAACCAAAAAACCAAACACUCAAAACCACCCCCCUCUAAAAAUGUUAUUAGGCCAAAUCCGGCGCAUUGAAAAACGGAGAGUAAAUGUUACUAAAGAAAACAAAGAUAUGGGCAACAACAACAGAAGAAAAAGGCACCUUUGAAUAUAAGAGAAAACAAGAAUGAAGAUUAAAUUUAUUAUGUUUUUCGGUAGAGUAUGUGUGAGUGCAGGGCCGUUGAAAAUGGAAAGGAAAA